AUGGUCUCCGCAAAGAAGCACGUUCCUAUUGUCAAGAAGCACCGCAAGUCCUGGUUCCGCCACCAGUCCGACCGAUUCAAGUGUGUUCCGUCAGCAUGGAGAAAGCCCAAGGGUAUCGACAACCGGGUGCGGAGACGGUUUAAGGGUCAGAUGGUUAUGCCUUCGAUCGGUUUCGGCUCGAACAAGAAGACCCGCCAUAUGAUGCCUUCCGGCCACAAAGCAUUCCUCGUCCACAACCCCAAGGACGUCGAGCUUCUGCUCAUGCACAACCGUACCUAUGCUGCCGAGAUCGCCCACGCCGUGUCAUCGAAGAAGAGAGUCGAAAUCAUCGGCAAGGCCAAAGCCCUCGGUGUCAAAGUCACCAACCCCAAGGCUAGAGUUACCACCGAGUCGUAA